AGGCCAUAAAUAGGCAUUAGUCCACAUUUUACUUGCUUUACACAUAAGGCAGACUACUAAGAGGCGCUUUAAGUGCUUUUACAAGCAAAGCUCGAGAUUGCCUCAGAAAUGCAUUAAAAAAAGCCAUUAAAUAGACAACAAUGAGAAACUCUAGGCCUCGUUUUAUCAGAUUUUACCCCCCUCUUUGAUAAAUGUUUGAGCAGGGUCUUAAAAUGAGACCCUUGAUUGUGUCUGAGGAGUCAAUAUUUUAACAAUCGGCCCAUCUGCCCUCUCUCUGUUCAUGACAUCUGCCCCCCACAGCUCUGCCCUCAUCACCUCCCUGCCACCUUUUAAGAAAUAUCGCUGGCACACUGUGCACUGCAGUGAGGGCUUCUCUGCAGAUUAUGUCUAAGUGUGAGUUUGGGGGCCAGCCUGUGCGUGAUGAUGGCGAUGAUGAUGCGCGUGACGCCACGAGCAGCAGCGGAUGAGCGGAGCAGACAGGGGGCAAGCUGAAGCAGCAGCAGCAGCAGCAGCAUCCGCAGCAGCAGCGCCGCCACAAAGGGAGUUCAGUGCUGCUUCAGGCUCGACUCUUCAUCGCUCCUCUUCUCCUUCCUCUUCAGGGUUAGCGAUGCUCCGGCUCGGCGGCAGGAUGUGCGGCUUCUCGGCCCUGCUCUCGGUGCUCCUCGCCGGGCUCGCGGCCGCGUCCUCGGAUCUGUUCGACAACCAACUGGGAGACAUCAAUUACUGCAAGAAGCAAUGCCAGCUCACCAUCAAAAACAAAAGCCCUGCUAAAGACUCCAUAAUGAACGCUUGCCAUCGCGGUUGUCGUCUCUACUCCAUCUGCCAGUUUGUCAACGGGAACGCCGGCUUCAAUACAAGCAGGGAGGAGUGUCAGGGAGCCUGCCAGGAGGCAUAUAUCAAGCUUCUGGAGCAGGAGGCCUGCAGCACCGGCUGUGCCAGCCAACCCUCUGAACCAGAGAUCAAGAGGAGGAAGCUCCGGGCCAUGACUCUGCGCCCUAAGCCCCCCUCUGUGAUGGAGGCCGUGUCCAGCUGGUGCAAUGACAUUGUCAGCUCAGCGCAGAGCUUCAUCUCCUCCACCUGGACCUUCUACCUUCAGGCUGAUGAUGGCAAGGUUGUGGUUUUUCAGAGCCAGCCAGAGAUGGAGUACUCUCUGCCCGAACUUCAGGCUCCUCGCUCCAAUGUGGCAGACAAACCCUGGCCUCAGGUCCACUCUCAUACUCAAAGACCUCAUGGUGUGAAGGGGCACAGUGAGAGGGGGGCAUCUAAAGCAGGAGGAAAAGGCAAACACCCCGUCCAGCAUCCAGAGGACCCAACAGCUGAGCACGACUUCCUUGGCUGCAUGUCAAGACGUUCAGGCCUUCCUCGAUGGAUCUUAGCAGCAUGUCUCUUUCUGUCCAUUAUGGUCAUGUUGUGGCUCAGCUGUGCCAGCCUGGUCACCGCACCUGAGCAGCACAUCAAGACACAGCUGAGCAUCAACGGAGACAAAGAGUUUCUUGAUAACGCCAUCAAAGUCAACCCAUACCACCUGAGCCCUGUGAUCGCGGUUGCCGUCAAACAAUCUGAGGAGAGUCAGGAGGCGGGGCCUCUGCCGGUGAAGGUUGACCUCAACAAAACGUGCGUCUAGACCAGACCAGUUGGGGAGCUUCUGUCUUGUUUCCAACGGUUACUAUGUCCACAGUUGUUGGCCUGUGUGUGAAAUGAGCACAUCACAGGACUCACUGAGUCACCAGAGUUUUUGUAAAUCAUAUUUUUAAGAGCAUGGCACCCUCCUGUCAAAGUUACUACAAUGAAACAUCUAGCUUUUACUUGUUGCUCUCAUGGCACUUCACUUGCUUGUUCCUGAUUUUUGAGACGAUGACAAACACUCCGCCUGCUCAGUGCAUAUUCAUAACUUGGUGUGCAUGUCUGAGAGCUACUAUGGAGACAAGCAGAGAGUACGGAUUAACUUAAGAGCUCUUUCAAAUCAUUUUUUGAGUCUAAAAAAGACUUAGCUGAGUUUAUUUUAGAUUUAAUUUCUCCUGGUUCUUACACGGAGUUUGGAUUCAUUGCUAAGCUGCUGACAUGAAUGAGAGGUGGGUUCAAUUCUUUAAUGCUGCAUGAAACUGAUACUGCAGCUCAGAGAUUAUGAUCUGUUUACAUGAUUUGCAUUAUGAGCUGUUUACUCAGAAAAAUUUUAUGAAUUGCUCUAGAAAUCUGAAACCAUGUUGUCUCUCUCACAAGGAAAACAACUCCAGAUUCUCUCCACAGAAACAGAAGUAUACUAAGUCAAACAAAAGCAGUGUCUUUUGUCACCUAUCCCAUUGUAUGUCUGACGAUGUGUUUGGGAUAUCUUACAUUUAAAACUGGGAGUGGACACAGAACGGGGCACUCUUUUCAAAAAUGAGCAAAAAUGAAAGCAUUAUUUAUUUUCUCCUCUAUUUAUUCAGUCAUCCAUAUGAGUUAUCUGUUCAAAAGUGUAUUAAAGUGCCAUGUACUGUACAUAUAACCAUCAUACAAAUGUAAUUGCUCUGUAUGCAAAAUACAUUGUAACACAGAUUGCAUAGAGGGGAUAUUGCACCUAUUACUGUAUUAUUAUUACUACUAUUACGAUAUUAUUGUUCUUAUAUCACUUGAAGAGUUCCUAGCUGUUAUAUGUGCCAUGUGCUUUCUAAUAGCUGACUAUUUUGUAUGUCCUAGGAGCACACACUUGAAGGAUAACCUCUGUAACAAUGUGUAAUGCAAAGCUUCGAACAUUUUGUUAUUGAAACAAGUUGCACAGUCUUUAAGAGAAGAUUUCUGUUUUCCUCUCAGUGCUUUCGAUGUGUGUAACGCUCUCUUUUCAUCCAGGCUGUGUAGACAAUAAACUGUGCAUGCAAGUGACGCUUCGGUAGUUUAUCUUUAACCACCCGCCAUGCCGGUAUGGCAAGCCUCUGCUGUAGACUUGUGAUUUUUUUGUGUUACUAUUUACUGUAAACAUUGAAUAGAAGGUGUGACAAUGACUGAAAUUAAGCCCAUGAAUUACAGGAAGGACUCUGAAUAAUUUAAAAGCCAUUCAAUCAAUAUCUGUGCUGGUUCAAACUGAUAUCACAAGGAAUAUAAGAUACUGUUUCCUUUUUACUGGUCUGUUUCUUUCCAAUGAAAUGAUGCUUACAACAUGAUCAAAUAAAGUGUUUUCAUUGUAAAUAAA